AUGUUUCCUCAAAUGAAAUUCCGCGUUUCGGGCCUGGAUGCCAAGGCGAAAUAUAUUUUGCUCUUGGAUAUCGUCGCUGCGGACGAUUACCGUUAUAAAUUUCAUAACAGCCGCUGGAUGAUCGCCGGCAAAGCGGAUCCAGAAAUGCCAAAACGCAUGUACAUCCACCCCGACUCGCCCACAACCGGCGAACAGUGGAUGCAGAAGGUCGUCUCAUUUCACAAAUUAAAAUUGACCAACAAUAUUAGUGAUAAACAUGGAUUUCAACAAACUCGCUAAACAGUUUUCCGCACAGCUCACCGUUUUGUGCUUUAACAUUUCCCCCACAAUAUACACACACACAUCAGCACUACAAUCUACGCAACGCACAAAU